AUGAGAAACCGUACAAUAACAACAUUCAUCCUCCUGGGACUAACAGAUGAUCCACAACUUCAGGGUUUGCUUUUAGUUUUUCUGUUUUUUACCUACUUAUUGAGUGUAACUGGGAACUUGGCUAUUAUUUCACUUACAUUUAUAGAUUCUCACCUUAAAACACCAAUGUACUUUUUCCUACAAAAUUUUUCCUUCUUAGAAAUCUUAUUCACGUCAGCUUGUAUUCCUAGAUACUUGUAUAACCUAUCAACAGGUGACAAGACUAUUACCUACUGGGCUUGUGCCAUUCAAGCAUUUUUUACUGAUCUUUUUGGAGUAACUGAAUUUUUUCUCCUGGCCAUCAUGUCCUAUGACCGCUACGUGGCCAUCUGCAAACCCCUGCAUUAUAUCACCAUUAUGAGCAGCGGAGUCUGCCGAAGACUCGUACUUUGCUGUUGGAUGGCUGGCUUGUUAAUCAUACUCCCACCAUUUAGCCUGAGCCAAAAUCUGGAAUUCUGUAACUCUAACGCUAUUGACAGCUUUCUUUGUGAUGUGUCUCCCUUCUUGAAGAUCUCAUGCUCAGAUACGUGGCUCAUUGAGCAGAUAGUUAUAGCCUGUGCUGUGUUGACCUUCAUCACAACCCUUCUUUGUGUAGUUCUCUCCUACACAUAUAUAAUCAAGACUAUUGUAAGAUUCCCUUCUGCCCAGCAAAGGAAAAAAGCCUUUUCCACCUGCUCUUCCCACAUGAUUGUGGUUUCAAUCACCUAUGGCAGCUGCAUCUUCAUCUAUGUCAAACCUUCAGCAAAAGAAUCAGUGGCUAUUAAUAAGGGUGUGAUAGUGCUCACUACUUCAAUUGCUCCUAUGUUGAACCCCUUCAUUUACACCUUGAGGAACAAGCAAGUAAAACAAGCCUUCAAUGACUCAGUCAAAAGAAUCGCCUUAUCUUCCAAGAAGUAA